UCAAACAAACACAUGUCCGCAUGUAUUUUUAGUUACUAACACUGUCCUCAUGAUAGAACCUCCAUUGUCAUGCUAUAUAUAUAUAUAUAGACAUACAUUAAAAUUCAUUGAUUCUUGAUUUAGAUUUCAGUGUUUGUAAAGAAUAGCAGAGAAUGGGUCUCACUGGUGGUCUUGUCAGAAGAGUUUUCGCGAAGAAUCCUCGAUCGGAAAAGAGUAGAUGGAGUUCAGUUAAAGUUUAUCUCUGUGGAGAUGAAUUCAAUUCACUUCUUGCAGAGGAUGAUCUGAAUUCCAUUAAAAGCUCUGAUGCUGCAACAGUAACAAAGCCUUCAACAGAAGUAUCUUCAUCAACAUUGGCACUUGAACAGAGUUGUAACUCAACAAUAAUUAAAACUGAAAAGGAAGAGAAUUCACAAACAUUGGCAGCAGCAAUUUUUAUUCAGUCAGCAUUCAGAGGAUUUCUGGCAAGGAAACAACAUCAAGAAAUUAGAAAAUCAGAUGAAAGAAUAGUUGAUCAUGUUGAAUUACUGCAAGAGCCUAGUGUGGAAUCAGAGGCUAUUUCUACUGAAGUUCAGAUUGGAGGGUCUGUUGAUAGUCUAAGAAUUCGGGAUGAAAACGCCGGAAUUCAGCACCGAAUUCUGCGGAAAUCUCAGUCUCAAGUGCACAGAUUGAAGGAAGAGUGGGAUGAUAGCACAGUGAGUAGCAACAUUUCAAGAAUGAGAAUUCAGAACAGACUUGAAGCAAUGACUAGACGUGAGAGAGCUCUGGCUUAUGCAUUUUCACAACAGCUGAGAACUUGUUCAGCGGCGAAGAAGAAAUCGGCACGGACUGAUGAUAAUAAAUCUAAUAUGGGAUGGAGUUGGCUGGAGCGAUGGAUGGCCACCCGCUGCCCAGAUAAUUCUACCGAUGAAUGCAUUGAUAGAAGAACUACAAUUGUUAAGAAGAGAUUGGAAAUGGCGUUGGAGGAGAGGGAGAGCUGUGGUUCUAAUGAUGUAUCGGUUAAUCUUGACGGCUCUAGAACAAUUUCGGAGAAAUCCUUCUGAUGGCUUUGGACCUAUUAAGAACAAAACGAAGGCUGCAAGAAGUGCGUCGAGGAUGAAAUCAUCAUCUGCGGCUGUGUAUCAUUGCAGUGGCACAAUCUCAGAUAAGAUGAACAAGAGGGUGUCUUUAAGAGAUGCACUGAAGGAGAGGAGAUGCAAGCAAGUGCAGGAGAACUCAAAGCCAAAAAAUCCUGAGAAACAAAUGUGAAUAAUUUCCAAGCAUCAACAGACAAAUAAAGAAC